GGCAAACGUGGAUAUGAUAUAGAUUUUGAAGAAGACCUAACCCAAGAUCUAAUGGAACUAACCCAUGGGCCAACUAACCAACCCACCUCAGCAAAGUCAAGCAAACGUUCCUUUUUUUUUUUUCGGAUCCCUUUUAUGUUUCUUUUUCUUACACGUUCAAGAAACGAACACUUGUCAACAUGAUGGGUGAACAAAUGACCAAAUUUUCUGCCACCACCUCGCACCCAUGCAUCGUUCAAGCGCCACUUCAUAGCAUCGAUCUAAACCAUACUCUCUCUAUCUCUCUAUAAAGAUAUAUACACAGAGUCACACACUCACUGUAAGCGGUGUAUAAGAGAAGAGAGAUACAGUUGAUGGUAGAGUGAGAAAUGAAUAACAUAGACGAUAAGGAAGAGUCGACGGUGACAAUCCGAGCAGUGAGCCAUGACGAAGAAGGACGAAAGCAAGUGGAGAAGACCGAAGUGAACAUCCACAAAAUCGACACACUCAAGUACAUAGAGAAGAAGCUCGCCGACAACGGCCUCGUGCGCAUGGAACGCCACUCGGCCGACGGCAUUCCGUUGGCACGUGGGCCGCCCAAGUCCGGCCAUGGCGGGAAGUACACGUGGGAGGGGCCGAUGGACGAGGCGGAGGCCGAGCUGAAGCUUGCACCGCCGGCAAUCGACGAGAAGGAUCCAAACUAUGUUGAUGAAGAAGCGGAGGAGAGGUUGGUAGAGGGAGGGUUGGUGAUGGGAGAAGUGGAGGUUGCUAAGGAUGGUGUGGGUGUGGCCAGGGUUGAGCUUGAUCCUCGACUUCAAGGGUACAUAAACUAAAUAGUCUGAAGA